UUUAUUUUGAAUCGGCGGAAUGUCAUAACAAGUAAAAAAAAAACUAUUAGUUUUACCUAACUUACUUUAUUAAAAAAGAAUGUAGACUCGAACAAGUCGUUAAUAUUACUUAUAAAUAUUGCCCUGUUGGUACUCAUCAAAUAACUAAUCAAAAUACAGUAUGUCCAAGCUACCCAAAAGUGCAUUGAGCUUAAAGCAGUUCAUGCUUCGCCAGGAAGUGCUCAAGCUCUAUCGAACCAUCUUUCGUACGAUCCGUCAGGUGCCGGAUGAGGCAAGCCGCGAGGAACUGCGCCAGUGGGCCCGUGCGGACUUCCGAGCCAACCGACACCAAACCGAAGAGCUGGCCAUCAAAAUGCUGAUGCAGACUGCCAACCGGUCGCUCAAGGAGCUUCAAACUAGCUUGGGACUGAGUGGCAUAGCCUCGACAACGGCGGCGUCCUCUUCUAGUAAAAGUGGAUGCAAGUCUGCUUAGACUUAGACCGAUGAUUGAGGGCGUUCGAAGCUUACUAUAGAUAGACGCUGACUUAGACAAUUUUUUUCGAUUAAAUUCAGAUGCUCAUUCAUUCUGAGCUUUGUUGUAUGUAUUGUAAUAGUUAUUUAAAAGUUAAGUAAGUUGUUGAUUGGUGUGAAUAAAUAACAUACCUUUGUGCUGA